AUGUCGGGGAAAGAAAAGUCGGAUAACUGCACGCCAUCAGCGCCACCAGAAGGCAAUUCUUUCUCAUCAAACAUAGUUGGUCAAAGCACUUCUCCAGUACUAUAUCAGCAGCCAUCAGUGCAACCUCUUCUUCUUGGUCCAGAGCCUCCGGUUAGCUGCUGUAUGGAAUUACCACCAUACAGCGAGCCUCCUCCUUCAUAUCAAGCAGCUAUGGCGUAUCCAGUUCCUUCAGGACCAUAUUCGACUAAUACAGAUGACACGACAUUUCCGAAACCUUACAGUGCUGUUCCUUCAUAUCAUUUGCUGUCGGUUCCAAAUCAGAUUUUUCCACCGGCAUCACCUCCUCCACUACCUUCUGUGUCAACACAACCUUCUCCAGUAGCAUUACCACGUGCAGGACAUUGCGCGUACUGUAGAGUUGGAGUUGUCUCUAGUCAGACAGAUUUGUUUUGUUUAAUCUGUCUGGUACUGUUAGCAGUAUGUACCUUUCCUGUUGGUUUACUUUUUCUGUGUUUCAUCCCAUGUACAAUUCACAAACGAUGCAGUCACUGCCGUAGGAUUGGAUAG